UUAAUAUAUGAAAGCUUUAAGGAGAGAUGAAAAGACAUUUUAAAAAUGGCCUGUGUUUUCUUCUGCUUUUCUCCAUUAUUUCUUACUCCUGGACCUCUCAGGCAUUACUUGGCCUUUCUGUUUUCAGACUAACUUGAUGUAUCCUGAUGUAAGAUCCUAAAAAGGGAGCUCACUCAGUGGGUCUGAUGUGGUGGAUGCUUGCCCGGGAAGUUCUGCGCAUGCGUGGCACCAUCUCCCGUGAACACCCAUGGGAGGUCAUGCCUGAUCUCUACUUCUACAGAGAUCCUGAAGAGAUUGAAAAGGAAGAGCAGGCGGCAGCUGAGAAGGCUGUGACCAAGGAGGAAUUUCAGGGUGAAUGGACCGCUCCAGCUCCUGAGUUCACUGCUGCUCAGCCUGAGGUGGCAGACUGGUCUGAAGGUGUGCAGGUGCCCUCUGUGCCUAUUCAGCAGUUCCCCACUGAAGAUUGGAGUGCUCAGCCUGCCACUGAAGACUGGUCUGCAGCUCCCACUGCUCAGGCCACUGAGUGGGUAGGAACGACCACUGAGUGGUCUUAAACUGUUCUUCCACAAACUCUUAAAAUGGAAAUAGGUUGAUGGAAAAUAAACAGUUUCUAAAAAAAAAAAAAAAAA